CUCAGAGAAAAAGCAAAAAAAAAAAAAAACACUCUUUUUUGAAAUGGGUUGUGCUCAAUCUAGGGUUGAUAACGAGGAAGCAGUAGCGAGAUGCAAAGAACGGAGAAACGUAAUCAAAGAAGCAGUUGCAGCGAGCAAAGCUUUCGCCGCCGGUCAUUUCGCUUACGCUAUUGCUUUGAAGAACACUGGUGCUGCUUUAAGUGACUAUGGCCAUGGUGAAUCUGAUCAGAAAGCUUUGGAUGAUGUUUUGGAUCAACAGCAUUACGAGAAACAGAGUCGUAACAAUGUAGAUCCGGCUGCUCCUCAGCCACCUCCUCCACCGCCUAUUGAGAAUCUUCCUCCUCCGCCUCCUCCUUUGCCUAAAUUCUCUCCUUCUCCGAUUAAACGAGCGAUUAGCUUGCCUACUAUGGCGGUUAGAGGUCGAAAGGUUCAGACUUUAGAUGGUAUGGUGAUUGAGGAAGAGGAAGAAGAAGAUGAAGAAGGGGAAGAGGAAGGGAAGGGUAGUGUUAGAGCCACCGCUCGUAAGGUUGUGGAGGAGGAGGAAGAGGCUUCGCCGAGGACACCGGAGAACGUUGGGAAUAUUGGGAGGAAGAAGAGAUUAGAGACAACGCCGGAGAUUGUGAGUGCUUCUCCGGGGAAUAGUAUGGCUUGGGAUUACUUUUUCAUGGUGGAGAAUAUGCCUGGACCUAAUUUAGAUGAUAGAGAGAUGAGAAAUGGUUAUGAGAAUCAGACUAGUCAUUUUCAGUUCAAUGAAGCAGAUGAAGAAGAAGAAGAGGAGGAGGAAAAAUCUGGAAUAUUUCGGAAGAACUCUGCUUCUCAUAAGGUAGUUGAGGAGAUAGAACCUAAGACGCCGGAGAAAGUUGAAGAAGUUGAAGAAGAAGAAGAUGAUGAUGAAGAAGAAGAUGAUGAUGAUGAUGAGGAGGAGGAGGAGGAUGAGGAAGAGGAAGAGGAGGAUGAAGUGGUGGUUGAGGCAAAGAAGAAGAAGAAAGGGAAAGCUAAGAUUGAGCAUUCUAAUACUGCUCCACCGGAGUUUCGUCGUGCGGUUGCUAAGACUACUGCAUCAAGUCAUUCCAGUGUGAAUUUGAUGAAGAUUCUGGAUGAGAUUGAUGAUAGAUUCCUCAAGGCGUCAGAGUGUGCUCAAGAGGUUUCCAAGAUGCUUGAAGCUACAAGGUUACAUUAUCACUCCAAUUUUGCAGAUAACCGAGGAUAUGUUGAUCAUUCUGCUAGAGUUAUGCGGGUUAUAACUUGGAAUAAAUCGUUAAGAGGCAUUUCGAAUGGUGAAGGUGGAAAAGAUGAUCAAGAAUCAGAUGAGCAUGAAACUCAUGCUACUGUGUUGGAUAAAUUAUUAGCAUGGGAGAAGAAACUCUAUGAUGAAGUGAAGCAAGGGGAGCUUAUGAAGAUAGAGUAUCAGAAAAAGGUAUCUUUACUCAACAGGCAUAAAAAACGAGGUGCGAGUGCAGAGACCGUGGAGAAAACAAAGGCGGCUGUGAGUCAUUUACACACAAGAUAUAUCGUUGACAUGCAGUCAAUGGAUUCAACUGUUUCAGAAGUAAACCGUUUAAGGGAUGACCAAUUGUAUCCAAGACUUGUUGCUUUGGUUGAAGGGAUGGCAAAGAUGUGGACAAACAUGUGCAUACACCACGACACGCAAUUAAGUAUUGUUGGAGAGCUAAAAUCCCUUGAAAUUUCAACUUCUCAGAAAGAAACCACAAAGCAACAUCACCAUCAGACUCGGCAGUUCUGCACCGUCUUAGAAGAAUGGCAUGUUCAGUUUGAUAGACUCGUGACCCACCAGAAGCAGUACAUUAACUAUCUCAACAGCUGGUUAAAGCUAAACCUUAUCCCCAUCGAGAGCAGUCUUAAAGAGAAGGUCUCCUCUCCUCCACGGCCUCAGCGCCCACCAAUCCAAGCCCUUCUUUUCGCAUGGCACGACCGUCUUGAGAAACUUCCCGAUGAAGUCGCCAAAUCAGCUAUCUCGUCGUUCGCGGCAGUCAUCAAAACCAUCUUGCUUCACCAGGAGGAAGAGAUAAAACUCAAGGAGAAAUGCGAAGAGACCCGAAGAGAGUUCAUACGGAAGAAGCAAGGCUUUGAGGAUUGGUAUCAGAAACACUUGCAGAAAAGAGGACCAACGGAGGAAGCUGAAGGCGGGGAUGACGCAACAACAAGCUCCAGAGAUCAUGUCACAGAGAGGAGAAUAGUUGUCGAGACACUGAAGAAAAGGCUUGAAGAGGAAGAAGAAGCUCACCAGAGACACUGUAUUCAGGUGAGAGAGAAAUCUCUCAACAGUUUGAAGAUCAGAUUGCCUGAGAUCUUCAGGGCACUGUCUGAUUAUGCCCACGCUUGUGCUGACUCGUAUGAGAAGCUCAGAAUCAUAUCGCAGAGUCACAAAGCAAACAGUGGAGCCACUGAAUCUUCUUGAACCAGUUUUAGUUCUUUCCGACUUAUGUAUUAUGUAUUAUGAUGGAAACAUUAAGCAUAUGUAGUGUACUGGUAUGUGCGACUAGUAUUGUUGCUGACUUGCUUAGUUGCUUUGUUACCAUCCAAAUUGUUGAUCAACAGUGUCCAAAAAAAAAAGAAAAUGUAAAUAGUAGGACAUUAUGUA